AUGAAACGUGCUAUGCAUAUUGUGCACGAAGCGGAACAAAAGAGAAAGCGUGAAGAGGAGGAAGAGAAUGAAGAGCGUAUGAAACGUGCUAUGCAUAUUGUGCACGAAGCGGAACAAAAGAGAAAGCGUGAAGAGGAGGAAGAGAAUGAAGAGCGUAUGAAACGUGCUAUGCAUAUUGUGCACGAAGCGGAACAAAAGAGAAAGCGUGAAGAGGAGGAAGAGAAUGAAGAGCGUAUGAAACGUGCUAUGCAUAUUGUGCACGAAGCGGAACAAAAGAGAAAGCGUGAAGAGGAGGAAGAGAAUGAAGAGCGUAUGAAACGUGCUAUGCAUAUUGUGCACGAAGCGGAACAAAAGAGAAAGCGUGAAGAGGAGGAAGAGAAUGAAGAGCGUAUGAAACGUGCUAUGCAUAUUGUGCACGAAGCGGAACAAAAGAGAAAGCGUGAAGAGGAGGAAGAGAAUGAAGAGCGUAUGAAACGUGCUAUGCAUAUUGUGCACGAAGCGGAGCAAAAGAGAGAGCGUGAAGAGGAGGAAGAGAAUGAAGAGCGUAUGAAACGUGCUAUGCAUAUUGUGCACGAAGCGGAGCAAAAGAGAAAGCGUGAAGAGGAGGAAGAGAAUGAAGAGCGUAUGAAACGUGCUAUGCAUAUUGUGCACGAAGCGGAGCAAAAGAGAAAGCGUGAAGAGGAGGAAGAGAAUGAAGAGCGUAUGAAACGUGCUAUGCAUAUUGUGCACGAAGCGGAGCAAAAGAGAAAGCGUGAAGAGGAGGAAGAGAAUGAAGAGCGUAUGAAACGUGCUAUGCAUAUUGUGCACGAAGCGGAGCAAAAGAGAAAGCGUGAAGAGGAGGAAGAGAAUGAAGAGCGUAUGAAACGUGCUAUGCAUAUUGUGCACGAAGCGGAGCAAAAGAGAAAGCGUGAAGAGGAGGAAGAGAAUGAAGAGCGUAUGAAACGUGCUAUGCAUAUUAUGCACGAAGCCGAAGAAGCUUUUGUGAUGGAAAGACGUGGUUAUGAGAAGGUACAGCCAAGAUGUGGUUACUUACCGGUACUGCAUCCACCACCAAGACCGGUUGUGUUCCAUCCUUACCCAGCACAGUUUGCUGGCUACUUUGUACAGCCACAGCGACACAUUCAUCCAUUGUUUUUACACUAA